GGCGCUGCUGUAAAUGUAAAUCAAUCCACAGCGGAUAGACCUGACCGGCUGCUGUUACUUUGUGGUGCAGUUCGCUCCUCCCACCAGCAGGGGUCUCUAUGGGAAUUACAUGUUCCUGCAGGCGCUGUGUUGUUGGCCCUGGUAACCAGGAGCCGGAAUGGGGUAAAGCUGUAGCAGCGCUGCUGAGAGAACUCGGGGAACGGAGACACUGAGACUUAUCUGAGCAAAUGAUUUAUCUGCCAUGACGACCCAGGGAUAAGAGCUUCCAGUGUUUGUUUUUUCCCUUUCCUGGGCACGGGACUAAUGUAGCCGAGAGCUUUAUAACCUCAUGAUGGACCUUUCUACGUAUUUACGCUCCAGCAUCUAUUUUUGCUCUAUAACAAUGCGCCAGAGAAAGAAAUAAGCCGCCUGCCAUGCCUCUUAGAAUGGAGCGACAGAAUCCUGGUGCUGUUUUUGCUUCCGGAGAAGACAAUGUAAGUGAGAGAAAAUACAGCGGUAUCAGGGAGUGGAUUGAGAUGCAGGUGGAUCAAACGCUGACCCAUUCCAUGAAUGAAAGCGUGAGACGGGGCAGUACGGAGAAUCCUGGUGCCGUUCCCAGUGAUGUGGUUCCGAGACCCCCCUGCAAACCCAAACCGAGGGAACGUCGGCUGGAGAGAGCCGUGUCGCUGGAUGAGAGACAUUGGAGAAGGCGGUUUAAAGCGAGUCAGGACAGCUUAAGGGAUCCUGAUGAAACGGGAUCUUCCAGUGGGUCGCUUCAGGAAGAAUCCGCCGUUCUGGAGAGUGCAGCCCAAUUUACUGACGAGUUCAAAGGGCAAAAUAGCUGCUCCCAGAGCCUGUCUCUUAAUCCCAUGAAGCCAGGUAUAGUGUUGGGAUAUCCAGGGAACAGCAGUCCCUCGCCUCGACUGUCUCAGAUUGCGCCCAAGCAUGCUCUCCCCCAGAUAGAGAUGAACGUAACCUCGAGGGCACUCAGGACGGCUAAUCGGAUAGACCCGGAUUAUAUGGAUUAUAAAGAGGCUUCUUCCCAACUGAGGUGCCUGAGGCAGAGCAGCAGUCUGAGCGACACGAGACUGCACAACAACAGCAGCAGCAGCAUGGUUUGUAAUCAGUGUUCCAGCGACUCCAUGAAGUCUACCUAUAGCCUGCUCACACCUAUCCGCCCAAAAGAUAUGCGCAACAGUUACCUGGAAGGGAGUUUAUUGGCCAGCGGUGCUUUACUGGGGGCAGAGGAACUGGAACGUUACUUCCCAGACAGAAGACUGGCAAUUUUUAUUGCCACGUGGAAUAUGCAAGGAAAAAAGGAGCUUCCCGAAAGCCUCGAUGACUUCUUAUUACCCUCCGAUGAUGACUUUGCACAGGAUGUAUACGUUAUUGGAGUGCAAGAAGGCUGCCCAGACAGGAGAGAGUGGGAAAUCCGACUGCAGGAGACACUGGGACCUCAUUAUGUUCUUCUUCAUUCAUCCGGCCACGGCGUUCUCUACUUGUCCGUGUUCAUCCGACGUGACCUCAUCUGGUUCUGCUCAGAAGUUGAAUCUGACACCGUCACCACGCGAAUUGUGUCCCAGAUCAAGACCAAAGGAGCUCUGGCCGUGUCCUUCACCUUCUUUGGGACCUCAUUCCUCUUCAUCACCUCCCAUUUUACCUCUGGAGAUUCCAAGGUGGCCGACAGAAUUUUGGACUACAAGAAAAUCAUUGAAGGUUUGCAGCUUCCGAGAAACAUUCCGGACACUAAUCCCUAUCGCUCCAAUUCCGCCGAUGUAACAAGCCGGUUUGAUGAAGUGUUCUGGUUUGGAGACUUUAACUUCCGAUUAAACAAAGAGCGGAGCAUAGUGAAUUCUAUCCUGCAGAGCAAGUUGGAGAAAGACAUGUCUCGCCUCGUGCAGUACGACCAGCUGACCAAGGAGAUGAACGGAGAGACCAUAUUUAAAGGAUUUCAGGAGGCAGAAAUUCAGUUCCUCCCUACAUACAAAUUUGACAUUGGAUGCGAUGUAUACGAUAGUUCAUCCAAACAGAGGACCCCUUCCUAUACGGACAGAGUGGUGUACAAGAGCCGGAAUAAAGACGACAUCCGGGUGCUGAAAUAUGCUUCCUGCUCACUAAUAAACACAUCUGACCACAGACCUGUGUUUGGCUUGUUUGAAAUACGGAUCAGACCCGGCAGAGACAACAUUCCCCUGGCUGCAGGGCAGUUUGACAGAGAGCUGUAUCUGCUGGGAAUAAAAAGGAGGAGCACUCGGAAAGUGCAGCAUCGGCAGCUGGAGAAAAACCAGAAAACCAGCAGCGUAUGCUCCAUCUCCUGACUGUCACCCAACUCUGGGGAUCAACAUUCUGCUGCCCGUCGGCUUGGGACUACUAAACACACAGUAGUGUGACUUCUUACACUGUGACUCAGUCUACUCAAAUAUACCCUCGGGAUUUUAAAGGGACCAACACAGCCUCCUUUUCUUUUUUUUUUUAAAGGCCUUUACCCCUAAUUUAUUUGUCUGUGUAAUGCAGGAUUAAUCAGCUUUUGAUUCAAAGGCUUUUCCCCAGUAACAACACUGGACCCUUAAUAAUCAAAUGCCUCCUGCUUACGCCUUUAUUUGUAAUAUAUGUAAAUAUAUAUUUAUCUCUCUCGGGGGUCUACUCACAAAAUAAAACCAUUUCAUAUA